AUGGCACAAUUACCUCCGAAAAUACCCAACAUGACUCAAAAUUGGCCAUCUUUUCCUCAUCAAACAAUGCCCACAAAGGCAAACUUCAUUUCCACCGCCACCGCCAUUGUGAAUGAUUCUAACAAUCGAAACCACCAGCCCUCAUGGGUUGACGAGUUCCUCGAAUUCUCGUCGGCACGUCGUGGGGCACGCCGUCGUUCCAUAAGCGACUCGAUAGCCUUCCUCGAGCAACCAUUAGAGGAAGAAUGUGGGGAUGAGUCAAGAGCCAUGAUGACAGAAACAAAUGUGUUUGAUCGCCUGGAUGAUGAGCAGCUCAUGUCCAUGUUCUCGGACGACGUCGUCGUGACCGUGCCGGCGCCAACGGUACCUUCAUCCAACCCUUCAACGCCGACGUCUGAUCAAAAUAGCAACAAUGAUGAGAAGCCAGUUCCAUCCUUGGAUCUGCAACAGCCAAAAACUGAACCAGGAGAGGUAGAGAGCUCUUGUGAAUUACCUGAACCACAACCUCCAACGACCUCCAAUGGCGAUCCAAUCAUUGAUCCAAAGAGGGUUAAGAGAAUUCUGGCAAACCGGCAAUCAGCUCAAAAAUCAAGAGUGAGAAAGCUGCAAUAUGUUUCAGAACUUGAAAGGAGCGUAACAACAUUACAGACUGAAGUAUCAGCAUUAUCACCAAGGGUUGCAUUUUUGGAUCAUCAAAGAUUGAUUCUCAAUGUUGACAAUAGUGCUUUAAAGCAAAGGAUUGCUGCUUUGGCUCAAGACAAGAUUUUCAAAGAUGCUCAUCAAGAAGCACUGAAGAAGGAAAUUGAGAGACUAAGACAAGUAUAUCAACAACAACAAAGCCUCAAGAAAAUUAGCACUAGCACCACCACCAUCAAUAACAACCACCAUGCACCAAUGCAACAACAACAACAGUAG